UGCUAUCUGAAUCCCACUCACAGUUUCUCCUUUCGGUGCCUAGCAACACUUUUUCAGCAGAAAACACAAAAUUAGCAGGGUAAGGGUGACCACAGACUUAAAGCCAACGCUCGGUGAAGCCAAGCUCACAAAUUCCAUGAAACAAGAUCAACACACAAUGCCAAAGGUUUGCAUACUAAAAUAAAUAUGUUCUCUCACUCAAAGCAUCCUCUGGGUGCACACAAUCUUGUGAGGGUUUCUCUAGAUGAAAGUCAUUGAAAUGCUAUUAAAUCUGUGAUGUCAAUUCAGAGUGGAUUUCAUAAAAUGUUCGGUAAAAGCGAUAGGAACAGAAAUGCUGCUGAGUUUUAGUAGUUUCAAGAGAUGUGCAUUACACAAAGCCGAUGCACUAUCAAACAUUAUGUAAUACUCAAAUGACUGUGAAAUAUUUGUUAGCUCAGUCAAGUAAAGGCAGUCAAAUGCAGCCAGGUUUGUGAGGAACUGUCCGUGGUCCUGAAACCAUAGCACACCCUCAAAUCGCCCCCAAAACUUUCCAAAGCUAAUCUCAGGAAACACGGAUUUGAGCUCAAUGGUUAAAGGAAUAGUUCACCCAAAAAUUGAAAACUUGAUUACAAUUUACAUACAAGAUGUUGAGUGUUUGUUUCUUCAACAUUUCAAUUUUGGAGAAACGUAGCAUUGCAUCACUUAGUCACUGGUGGAAGCAUUAUUAUGGAUUAUAAAUAUGUAGGCAAAUUCACAAUUUCUUACAAACAUGCAGUUUUUGCUUCACAUGAUGUUAAUUGAUGAACUGGAGUACUUGUGGAUUAUUGUGAUGUUUUUAUCAGCUGUUCAGACUCCUAUUCAUAUGGCACUCAUUGCAGAGCAUCCAUUGGUGAGCAAGUGAUGGAUUAGUGCUACAUUUUCCAAAUCUAUAUGAAAAUGUAUAUUGCAGCCUAACUAAUUCAUCUCUAGCAUGUUAAUUUAAUAAGCAUAUUUGGAAAUCUGAAGAAGCAGGGUGAAAUGCUUGUGUGUUUCCAGCUGUCAUUUUCCUUUAAGAUGAUGUAAGGCUCAUCUCCCUAAGAAUGGUCUCCCUCCCCCGUCCAAAGCCUUUCUCUGCACGCUGCAUCCAUUCGCACAACGCUGCUGAUGCUCAGGAGAGUCAGGAUGCACAAACUUCACAGCGCUCCCUCCUUUUCAACUACAGAUCCUUUUACUGAAACGCUGGGUGGGUGCCAGGUACAUGAAGACUAACUGUUCUGGACAGACUAGAAUUCCUGGGAGAGAAGCACUCCUCUUCUAAAGGAAGUUGAAGCUGUCUUGGUUGGUGCAGUUUUUCAUUUUUUACAAGCAGAACUUAUUUUUGGAUUCUCGGCUGGAGGUUACAUGAGCUGCAUAAUUGGUUCCCUUGGGUGAGGGCUCUUCUAUUUCUACAUUAUUUCAAAUAGCAGGGAGAUGCCUUUUCAGAUUUAUCCUCUGGUAAUAGACGCCCAGCUACAUUAGUUGAAAAAGCCUAAUCUUAAAAUGACAUUUUGAUCUAUAUAUAUGUCUAUAAACACUUUGCAUGACUCAAAGAUGCUGUACAUAACACAAUAGACUUUGAAUGUCUAUUAAAGCGCGUGCAGGUUAUGUUCCUUUUGACUUUUUUUUCACUAAAGACGAAUCAAAACUUUUGCGUAUUCGUUUUGGGUUGUUGUUGUUGUUGUUUUUUGAAGCGUGCAACGCACUAAAAUGGCUCUGACUGAGAAUUGCAGGACUUAUCAGACGCCCAAGGACAGUGGAUGUGCUCAGAGUUGCUCUGGUGAUGUGGUUGAGCUCAAUGUAGGUGGACAGGUGUAUUACACUCGCCAUGCCACCCUCACCAGCGUGCCAAACUCACUGCUGGGGAAACUGUUCUCAGCUAAAAAAGACGUUUCCAACGACCUCGCGCAGGACAUCAAGGGACGCAUCUUCAUCGACAGGGACGGGUUCCUCUUUCGAUAUGUGUUGGACUAUCUCCGCGAUAAGAGCGUGGUGCUCCCGGAUUAUUUCCCGGAGAAAGGGAGACUCAAACGCGAGGCUGAGUUCUUCCAGCUGCCUGAGCUUGUCAAAAUCCUGACGGUUGAUGAAAACAUCCACGGUGAUUUCGACGAAGCAUCCCAGGGAAGCGAUCAGAGGUUUUACCUGGACGCGCGCGAUAGGCGCUACGGCUUCAUCACGGUGGGAUACAAGAGCUCGUGCGCCUUCGGAAGGGACGCGGAUCCUAAAGCGCGAGGAACACCCAAAAUCUUCAUCUGCGGAAGGGUCGGUCUGGCCAAAGAAGUUUUUGGGGACACCCUAAACGAGAGCCGGGAUCCCGACAGGACAGCCGAGCGAUACACCUCUCAGUUUUACCUGAAGUUUCUCCACCUGGAGCGCGCGUUUGAUCUGCUCGCGGAGAGCGGCUUCCACAUCGUCGCGUGCAAUUCAUCAGUCACCGCUUCUCCGCACAACAGACGCACUGAUGACAGAUACUGGUCCAAUAACGCAGAGUACGUCUUCUACCGUGGCCCAUCCGGAUGGUCUUCUUCUCACUGCGACUGCUGCUGCAAGAGCCACAAGAGCGAGCACGAGGGUGAAAGUGGCACUUCCCUAAACGAGCUCUCCUCUUCCUGUUCCGAGACCCAAUCGGAAGCCAGCUCUCCGCAGGAAACGGUCAUCGUGCGUCCGGUCACCCGCCAGCCCAACAUCCAGACUUUGGACCGUCCAGUGAAGAAGGGUCCGACCCCGAUUCCAAGGAGAACUGAUCUGCUCCGCGUUCGAACCGCCGGGCCGCGUGACGUCAUGGCAGGGAAGAGGAAACCGGCCAAGGAGAAGAUGACGCCGGAGCAGGAGCUGGAGAAAUGCAUCCAGGACUUCCGGCGGAUUCAAAUUCCAGAGCGUUUUCCGGAGAGGAAGAACAUGUGGCAGUCGGAGCUCUUGAAAAAAUAUCAGCUCUGAAAUGAUUUCCUUCGGGCUCGCUGAGCCGAUUAGUGCAACACAACAGAGCUCUCAGCACAUAAGAUGACAUCAUUACUCUUCUCUGCUUGGGCUUAUUUGGCUCGUCUGUGUAACCAAGCGGUAAGAUACACAAUUAACAAUUCAGUGAACCUCAAGUGACUACUAAAGGCACCGGUUCUGUUUUGCUACCGGGCACAAUGGCAUUAAAGUCUAAACCAAUUUUCACAGCGUCUAGACAAACCUCUCAAAUAAAAACAGAUUGUAUAUAUAUUCAAAAUAAUCACUAUGAAGUGUUUAUUACCCGGUGAUGCUCAAAGUGUACGCACGGACUGCACAGCACUUUUGUACGGCGUUCCUCCUGUAAAUGCAAUGCACAUAUGAGAGCUGCAGGAUUGGUAUGUGAAUGUGUUUUGCAUUAUCCAAUUCAGUGUUUGGCUGAUGGAGAGUUUUAAAGGACUAGUUUACCCCAAAAUAUUAAUUUCCUGAAAACAUAAUUACACUGAAGUUUGUUUCUUCAUCAGAGUUGGAGCAUUGCAUCAGUGUCUCAGCAAUGAAUGCUCUGCAGUGAAUGGGU